UGUAAACCAAUCUAGUCAUAUUAUUAUAGUAUAUUAUCAAUACAUUUUUAAGACUAAUUGGUGAAUAUAAUUAAAAACUGAACAAUUUUGUAUGGUUUCAGAUUUUAUGGACAAUUUUAUAUUAAAAUGCAUGUUUGCAGGUAGGUUCUCUAUUCACGUCAUAUAUUAUAUUCAUCAUCUUGACGAAUUAAAGUAUAGCAAAUUUUAUCAGAUCAAAUAUGACACCAGUAAUAAAAUGGGUGGUUGUACUUGUUUUCACGGUCGUCACCGUUGUAACAGUCAUUACAGUUAUGUUAAAUCAUUCAACGCAAUUCAUUAAGAUUCUAAAAAACGAAAAGUUCGAGGAAAUAACAUCAGCAGGAUAUUUAAUUGCCCCCUACAAUUCGAGUAUAAUGGCCGCUAAACCAUGGGAAUCUACACAUCGCUUAUCCCCGUACAUUCGUCCGCAGCAGUACUUCAUUAAUCUAUACCCAAAUAUUGAACAAGGUUCAUUUAUUGGUACUGUUGAUAUAACAAUAAAAUUGGACACUUCUCAAAGCUACAUUAAGCUACAUUCAAAAGGAUUGAAUAUCAAAGAGACAAAACUCAAUUCCAGUUCUGUAACAGCAUUUUCAUAUCCAGAACACGAAUUUUGGGUUGUAGUACCAAAUGAAGAACUGAGUGCUGGGGAAUACAAAUUGCAAAUAUCAUUUGAAGGUAGUUUGUUGAACAAAAUAGUUGGAUUUUACCGAAGCGUUUAUACAGAUUCAAAGAGCCAUGACCUACAUAAUAUUGCUGCAUCAAAGUUUGAACCAACUUACUCGCGGUUAGCGUUUCCAUGUUUUGAUGAGCCUCAAAUGAAAUCAAAAUUUAAAAUUAGUUUGACUCGCCCAUCUGGUAAUAACUACAUAGCAUUAUCUAAUAUGCACCAAGAGUCUGAAGAGAUCAAUGUCCCUGCGAAUGGAUUAACUACAGUCCAUUUUGCUAACACUGUACCAAUGUCUACAUAUCUGGCUUGUUUCAUUGUAUGCGAUUUUCAAUCACUUGAACCUGUAAAAACUGAUCAAGGGUUUCCAUUAACAGUUUAUGCCAGAAGUGGCCAAUCCGAAAAUAUGAAAUAUGCUCAACAUGUAGGCGUGAAGGCAAUGAAUUAUUUCGUCGAUUAUUUUGGCAUUCAAUACCCAUUACCAAAAUUAGAUCUAAUACCAAUCCCAGAUUUUGUUUCUGGAGCAAUGGAGCAUUGGGGUCUUGUGACUUUUCGUGAAACGAGUGUUUUGUAUAAUGAAUACAUUAGUUCUAGUGCUGACCAAGAGGAAGUUGCUUUUACUGUUGCUCAUGAAUUGGCUCAUAUGUGGUUUGGAAAUCUUGCUACUAUGAAAUGGUGGAAUGACUUAUGGCUUAACGAAGGGUUUGCUUCUUUUAUGGAAUCGAAAGCUAUUCAAGUUGUCCAUCCUGAUUGGGAUGUUGACACAUUAUUUCUAAUACAUAGUCUCCAAUCAGUACAAUAUCUAGAUAGUAAACUUAGUUCUCAUGCUAUAGUGCAAGAUGUUUCUCAUCCAGAUCAAAUAACCGAAAUUUUUGAUGUCAUAUCAUAUGAUAAAGGUUCUUCUGUAAUACGAAUGUUGGAAGGAAUGUUGGGUGAAGAAGUAUUCAGAAUUGGAGUAAGCUCAUAUUUAAAACGUUUUGCUUUUAACAAUGCUGAAACUGAUGAUUUAUGGGCAGAAUUACAAACAGCAACUCAAAAUACAGUAGAUGUUAAAAAGCUUAUGGAUACAUGGACACGCCAAGCAGGGUUCCCAGUAGUAUCGGCUAUACGGAAUGGAACAAAACUUACUUUAAAGCAGCAAAGAUUUUUGUCCAAUCCAAAUACUAAUACUUCCCUUGACUCAUCUCCAUACAAUUACAAAUGGGAAAUACCAAUUACUUAUAUCACUUCAAACAAUAAUACUGUGCAUAAGUUUUGGUUAACCAAAGAAGAGGAUUCAAUUACAAUUGACAUACCUGAUGCUGAAUGGAUAAAACUAAAUCAUAGACAAGUUGGAUAUUACAUCAUAAACUAUUCAGAGAGUGAUUGGUGGGUACUCACCAAUUUGUUAGAAAAAAAUGUUAAUGCAUUCAGUGCUGCUGACCGUUCAAAUCUUAUUCAUGACGCCUUUAGUUUGGCAAAAGCUAAUUACUUACCAUAUGGCAUAGCAUUAAAUAUGACAAAAUAUUUAUCUUUGGAACAUCAUUAUGUUCCUUGGGACGUAGCUGCUACAAACUUAAAAACAUUAAUGCAACAUUUAUAUCAACGCUUGUCACAUAAAAACCUCAAAAAAUAUGUUCAAAAUUUAUUGGGAAGUAUAAAAGAAGAUUUUUGGAACGAUUCAAUUGAUAGAAACUUCUUACAACGUAAGCUUCGAGCAGUUAUUCUCAAAUUAGGAUGUUUUUAUGGUUUACCAAGCUAUCAAACAAAAGCAUAUGAAUUAUUUAAACAAUUUUUGGAUGAUAAAGUUCGACCUCAUCCAGAUAUUAGAUACACAGUUUAUUACUAUGGAAUGUCUCAGGGCAAUGGUAGUGAAUGGAAUAGAUUGUGGGACUUAUUCUUAAAUGAACAAGAACCUCAGGAAAAAGACAAACUUAUGGAUGCAUUGACUGCCUCAAAAGAAACAUCAAUAUUAACUAGACUAUUGCAAUAUGCCAAAAAUGAGAGCCAUGUUCGUUCCCAAGAUUAUUUUUUUAUGUUAUCACAGAUAAGCCGUAAUCCUGUUGGAACUCAAUUGGUGUGGGACUUUUUAAGGCAUGAAUGGCAGUACUUGGUUGAUCGUUUUUCUCUGAACGAUCGGCAACUUGGAAAACUUAUUCCCUCAGUUUGUUCUCAUUUCAAUACACAUGAACGCAUUGAAGAAAUGAAAAUAUUUUUUGUAAAAUAUCCAGAAGCUGGAGCUGGGAAAGCUGGCAGAAAAACUGCACUAGAAGUUAUAUCGAAUAACAUUAAAUGGUUAGAAAAUCACGAAGCUGUUAUUAGUAAUUGGUUGAUAAAUUCCAUAGUUAUGACACCGGUAAUAAAAUGGGUGGUUGUACUUGCUUUGGUGGCUGUCACAGUCAUAACAGUCGUAACAGUGAUAAUCAAUCAUACAAUGGAAUUCAAAAGGAUUCCAGAAGACGAAAAGAUCACUGAAAUAACAUCAGCAGAACAUUUGAUGGGCCGCUACGAUUCGAGUGUAUUGCUGGCAGCUAGACUGCGGAAAACUACACAUCGCUUAUCCCCGCACAUUCGCCCGCAGCAGUACUUCAUUAAUCUUAACCCAAAUAUUGAACAAGGUUCAUUUGUUGGAUCUGUUAAUAUAACAAUACUAUUGGACACUGCUCAAAGUUACAUUAAGCUACAUUCAAAAUUAUUGAAUAUAAUAGAAACUAAACUCAAUUCUAGUUCUGUAACAUCGUUAAUAGAUCCAGAACAUGAUUUUUUGGUUGUGGUACCUAAUGAAGAACUAAGUGCUGGGGCAUACAAUUUACAAAUAUCAUUUGAAGGAAGUUUAUUUAACAGAACGGUUGGAUUUUAUCGAAGUGGUUAUACAGAUUCAAAGAGCCAUGAACAACAUUACAUGGCUACUUCAAAGCUUGAACCGGCUUACGCUCGGUUAGCGUUUCCAUGUUUUGAUGAGCCUCAAAUGAAAUCAAAAUUUAAAAUUAGUUUAACUCGACCAUCUGGUAAUAACUACAUAGCAUUAUCCAAUAUGAACCAAGAGUCAGAAGAGAUCAAUGUCCCUGCGAAUGGAUUAACUACAGUCCAUUUUGCUAACACUGUCCCAAUGUCUACAUAUCUGGCUUGUUUCAUUGUAUGCGAUUUUCAAUCACUUGAACCUGUUAUAACAAAUCAAGGGUUUCCGUUAACGGUUUAUGCCAAGAGUGGUGAAACCGAAAAUAUGAAAUAUGCUCAACAUGUAGGCGCGAAGGCAAUGAAUUAUUUCGUCGAUUAUUUUGGCAUUCAAUACCCAUUACCAAAAUUAGAUCUGAUACCAAUCCCUGGUUUUAUUAAUGGAGCAAUGGAAAAUUGGGGCCUUGUGACAUUUCGAGAAUCGGGAGUUUUGUUUAAUGAAAGUGUUAGUUCUAUUAUUGACCAACAGGCGAUCGCUUUUACUGUUUCUCAUGAAUUGGCUCAUAUGUGGUUUGGAAAUCUUGUUACUAUGAAAUGGUGGAACGAUUUAUGGCUUAACGAAGGGUUUGCGACUUACAUGAAAUAUAAAGCUGCACGAGUUAUCCACCCGGAUUGGGAUAUUGACACAACAUUUAUAAUUAAUAGUCUCCAAUCGGCACAAUAUCAAGAUAGUGAAUUUGGUACUCGUGCUAUAGUGCAAGAUGUUUCUCGUCCAGAUCAAAUAGACAAAAUGUUUGAUAUAAUAUUAUAUUCUAAAGGUUCUUCUGUAUUGCGAAUGUUAGAAGGAAUAUUGGGUGAAGAAGUAUUCAGAAUUGGUGUGAGCGCAUAUUUAAAACGUUUUGCAUUUAAAAAUGCUGAAACUGAUGAUUUAUGGACAGAAUUACAAACAGCGAAUCAAAAUACAGUAGACGUUAAAAAGCUUAUGGAUACAUGGAUACGUCAAGCAGGGUUCCCAGUAGUAUCCGCUAUACGAAAUGGAACAAAACUUACUUUGAAGCAGCAAAGAUUUUUUUCCAGCCCAAAUAUUAACUCUACAGUUGUUCCGUCUCCAUAUAAUUACAAAUGGGAAAUACCAAUCACUUAUAUCACUUCUAACAAUAAUACUGUGCAUAAGUUUUGGUUAACCAAAGACGAGGAUUCAAUUACAAUUGACAUACCCGAUGCUGAAUGGAUAAAACUAAAUCAUAGACAAAUUGGAUAUUACAUCAUAAACUAUUCAGAGAGUGAUUGGGGUUUACUUGGUAAUUUAUUAGAAAAAAAUGUUGAUGCAUUAAGUGCUGCUGACCGUUCAAAUCUCAUUCAUGAUGCCUUUAGUUUGGCAAAAGCUAAUCAGUUAUCAUUUGGAAUUGCGUUAAACAUGACAAAAUAUUUAUCUUUGGAACGGCAUUAUGUUCCUUGGGAUGUAGCUGCUAUUAACUUAAUUGCAAUAAGCGAAAAACUAUAUCAACGCCCAGCACUGAAAAACCUUGAAAAUUAUGUACAACGCUUAUUGGGAAGUAUAAAAGUAGAUUUUUGGAAUAAUUCAAUUGAUAGAAACUUUUUACAACGUAAGCUUCGAGCAGUUAUUCUAAAAUUAGGAUGUUUAUAUGGCUUACCAAGCAUUCAAACAAAAGCAUAUGAAUUAUUUAAACGAUUUUUGGAUGAAAAGGUCCAACUACAUCCAGAUAUUAGGUACACAGUUUAUACCUAUGGAAUGUCUCGUAGCAAUGAUAGUGAAUGGAUUCGAGUAUGGGACUUAUUCAUAAAUGAACAAGAUCCUCAGGAAAAAGAAAAUCUUAUGGAUGCAUUGACUGCCUCAAAAGAAACAACAUCAUUAUCUAAACUAUUGCAAUAUGCAAAAAAUGAGAGCCAUGUUCAUUCCCAAGAUUAUUUAAGAAUCUUAGCACGGAUAAACCUUCAUCCUUUUGGAAAUCAAUUCGCAUGGGACUUUUUGAGGAAUAAUUGGGAGUACUUGAUUGAUCGUUUCACUCCUAACAAUUGGCAACUUAGAAGACUCAUUCCUUUAAUUUAUUCUCAUUUCAAUACACAUGAACGUAUUGCAGAAAUGAACAUAUUUUUUGAUAGAUAUCCAGAAGCUGUAGCUGAAAAUGAGAGUAUAAAUUCUACACUAAAAGUUGUAUUUAACAACAUUAAAUGGUUAGAAAAUCAUGAAGCUGUUAUUAGUAAUUGGUUGAUAAAUUCCAUUUAAUUUAAAAAAAAUAUCGAGCAGAUUGUCAAUAUUUGAAAUAUCAAUAGUUAAAUUUAUUUAAUAUUACAAUGUUAAUCUUUAUAUUGUUACUAUUUGUUUCUUUCAGUGUAGUUAUUGGAGUACGUGUUUGUAAAGUAAAAUUGUAAUAUAUUGAAUACAUUGAAAUUUCGGUAUUAUGAAGUGUCAACAAUAAAAAUUAGAAUAUAGAGAAUUUCGUUUUUUA